UGGAAAUAUGCAGUCACUCAAAGCAUGUCCUCCUAAUGAUAGUGCAGACUUGGAGGCCUCACUGCUGAGUUUUGAGAAGUUAGACCGGGCUUCACCAGACCUCUGGCCAGAGCAAUUACCAGGUGUUGCUGAAUUUGCUGCUUCUUUUAAAAGUCCGAUCACCAGUUCUCCUCCCAAGUGGAUGGCUGAAUUAGAGAACGAUGACAUUGAUAUGUUGAAGGAGUUGGGGAGUCUCACGACUGCUAAUCUGAUGGAGAAGGUGAGAGGUCUACAGAAUCUGGCAUAUCAGCUGGGGCUUGAUGAAUGUCACACAGCAAGGGCCAGUUUACACAACCAUUUUCAUACAGUGAAGUCCCGAGAAAUGACCAGAGGGAAAUUCUUGAACAUCCUGGAAAAACCAAGGAAGUAGCUGAAUGCGGUGUAUGCACAGAAAUACACCUGACUAAUGGAAACUACCAGAAUUCUACAUGUGCUGAAUCUGAAAGACAACUGGCCACCUUAUACUUACAGAUAUAUUCCCUAUCUGUUGGCCCGUUUUGUGACGAGAAGCACCAAUUUUGGUAUGGGCUGACAACAUCCCUCAGUGGGGCAAUUUUACCUCCUGACCUUUAGCAACUUCUGAACAUUCUGCCAGAAGAAUUGGAAUUUUUUUUGACACAGUUUGAUCAGAAUAAUGGUCUCAUACCUCUGCAAUACCUUAAGUAAGAUUCUUUUAUGGUAUCACCAUGUGCCUCUGGGUAAUAUAUAUGUGGCUUUUUUGUGUGUCCCGUUAUCUUCUCUUUUUAGGACAAGAGUAUCUUUUGUGUAACUGCCAUGCUGAAAAGGCUAAUUCCUGUAUUUAAAAAAAGAAAAUUAUAUAUUUGUAAAUUAUAAAAAAGCAUUUUAUUGGUUUGUCCUAAGCUUGCUGGUUUUCUCACAAAUGAGUAUUGUGUGUAAAUUCUUAUUAGCCGCAAACAUCACAGAAAGGACAUAUGUUACCAUUCUUUUUGUCUUGUGGCUAUCAUUGCUUCAGAAACUAGUUGGCAUAGGGAGCCACACAUCAACCCUGAACUUUACUUCUAUGUAGACCUUGAGUGCCAUAGUAUUUUAGGUGGGAUGUAGAACUGGAAGGUGUCUUGCUUCACAUCAUGAAUGUAAAAUAAUCUUGUAAAAUAGACACCUGUGCUGUACACUCAGCUUUAUCAGUUUGUCCAGUGUAAAUCCAGUUUGGUAUCAGUAUCUAGCUGAGUCAGUGGAAGAAGUAAGACAAGCUGAAAUUCAAAACUUCCCAGAACUGAAUUUACAGAUUUCCUUUAUAUUAUUUUUACAACUCCAGAAAACAAAAUUCAGCAAAAGUGACUUCUCUGGCAAGACUUAGAGAACAAUGAUGAUGUAUGUAGCUUGUUUCACCUUGCAGAGAGGGGGACACUUACAGUUGCUUAUUCACAAGAAACACAGCAGGACUUUGCUUUCAGAUUCUUUUCUCUAGAAAUAGGUUAUAAUUACAGACCAGCCAGUCACAAGCACCUUUAAGUCCCAUUAAUUUAAUGGGACCGUUGCAUGUAUGCUUAAAUCAUUCCCAUUGUAAUAUAUUCAAACAUAAGAGCUUGACUUUUGUUUAAUUGUGGCCUGUAAAAACUAUUAAGAUACCAUUUUGCUCUGGUUCAGAAAAAAGUAUUUAAAUAUAGGUUUGGGGGCUGAACCUUUCUCAGUCUGUCUUUGACACACGCACAGAUUUCAGUGAAUUUUACUCACUUUGUUCAACACGUAGGUGAAAAAUCGCUGUGGUAGAGCAGACUUUUAUAUUUGCUAAAUUAUUUGUUUCUACCUUAAAUCUUUAUAUAUUUGUCAGCCUUAGUAUAGCGGGGGCCUUCUAUUUUAUUAAGCACAAGUAGUUCAGCCAGGUCUUUGCCAUAUUGAAGCAGAUGAAGUUUUUCACAUGGUCAGAUUUUUAGAAGACUGGAAGUUAAAUGUGAAAAGAUCUUAGCUGACGUAGGAGUAAGACUGAAAGCAAGCAAAAAUUGAAAGCAGGAGGAACAGUUGGGCAGAUGAAAUGUGGAUGAGGGUUUUUAUGUGUGUGGCUGUUUAAUGUUUAUAUUUCUGUUUAAACAUAUUCAAAUGUAUUUUGUUUGCAAUAUAAGGCAAAUGAAUCCCCCCAAAAUGUGACUGUAAUACAGCCUGUUACAAACGUUUCAGUCCCAUUGAUUUUAACAGGACGUAUUAUAAGUUUUUUGCUUUAACUUUCUUGUCUUUACUAUCCAAACAGGAUAGUAAAGUGUUUUCACUUUCGCUGCAUCAUGUGUUUGCAUUUUGAAGGAUCUUGAAAUGCAUUAUGAGCUUGUGAAACUGAAAACUUUACGCAACACUUGGAAGUCCACAUAUCAGCCCAGUCAUGAAUCCCAAAUUUGAUUAGUUGCUACUCUUCUGUAUUUCGAAAAACAAAUGUCCUGGACUUUUAUCCUCUAUUUAUAUAUUUUUUAUUUUUCAUCUCUAGGUGUGUUAGCCUUGUAAGAUAGUAUAAUUUGCAUUACCCUGAAUGAUAAUAUAUUCUGGAUUAGUAGUCACAUAAUAAAUAAAGGUGAAGCAAUAUGCAUUUUUCACAAACAGUCUUGUAAAAUGUGGAAAGUAUGAUGUCACUAAAAAGAAAGAAACUCUUAUUUGUAUUUUAUUACCAGCUUUUAACUGUCAGUUUAAUCCUGUGUAUGUUUACCUAGACAGAAGUCCUACUGAAUUUGCUGAGGCUUCCUUCUUAGUACAUAUGAUGGGAAUGAGUCUUGCAAUCUGUGCCUAUUCAUGUUAACUAAGAAAUAAUUUCUCUGAGUUCAGUGGGAUUUAUUUCCAAAUAACUAUGCAUAUACUUCAGUGAAAUCUAAAUCCUAUUUGUAAAUUUCUAAAUUAUUGAAUGUUGAUAACUGUUUUGAACAAAAUAUAUUCCCUAAUGUCUG